AUGGCACACAGAAGCUCUCUCAUUCCCGACCUCGCAGGCCAUACGAUUGACAAUGGGCGACUCCUUAUCACAUCGACCCUCGGUUCUGGCUCAAAUGGCGUGGUAUUUCUUGCAAUCGACACAACUUCUUCAGAGGAAAAUCCUCUUCAAUAUGCAGUCAAAUGCAUCAUCAAGCCAGAGAAAGGUUCGCCUCGGCACGACCGCCAGCGCCUGGAAAUCUCGAACCAUCUGAAGGCAUCCUAUCAUCCCAAUGUUCUCACCCUGCAUUGUGUCCUCGAGGAUUGCUUCUUCUUAUAUCUGGUCAUGGACUACUGUCCUCGCGGAGAUUUCUUUAAGUUCCUCUUGGAUGGUGGUAUUGCUUAUGGCGACGAUGAUCUUGUAAAGGGACUCUUCCUGCAAAUCAUAGACGCUGUGGACGCAUGUCACGAGCUGGGUAUCUUCCAUCGAGACAUCAAGCCGGAGAACAUCUUGUGCAGCGAAGACGGAACCCAGGUUUAUUUGAGCGACUUCGGGUUGUCCACUCGGCGGCCAUAUAGCGGUACGUAUGGCGCUGGAAGUUCGCAUUAUAUGAGUCCUGAAUGCAUCGAAAGGGACGAUCACACCCAAGCGUACUCGACUAGAUCCAACGACGUAUGGGCGCUUGGAGUAGUCUUGACAGCCAUGAUCUCGGGGCACAACCCGUGGCGACGUGCCACCCUGGACGACAAAUGUUACUGCGCAUUCAUAAAUAAUCAAAAUUUCCUUCUCCAAACGUUACCCAUCUCGCCUGGAGUCAACCUCAUCCUGAGACGCAUCUUCUGCAGCGACCCGUCCAAUCGCAUUGAACUCCCGAUUUUGCGCCUCACGGUCUGCCAAACGCACAACUUCUUCGCUAAGCGAGAGGCGGGCUUCAUUCGCAGCCCUAUACGCACUCCAGGCUCUUCCGGCAGUCGUGCCAAUGUAUUACAAUGGCAUGGAAGGGGCAGCCGACGAAGUGACAAUUCUCAUGUGGCCGAGGAAUCCCGGGAACGUGAUAAUUAUGACGAGCAUAACGAGCAUGUCCAGCAAGCUCCUGAGAUACGGGCUGUUCCUCGAUCAUACCCCAGUGACGUGUCUAUCUGGGACACUGAAAGCUUUGGCCCAGCCACACCCGAGUUGUAUCCUCAACAUGCGCUGCCCCUCGCAACCGAGUUUCCUCACAAGAACUUGGGUGCCCAUGAUUUAGCGAACAGAAAGAGGUCAGGUUCAUCGUCGUCUAUAAAAUUCUUUCGACGUGUGGCAGAGAAAUUAUACCUAUGUUAG